GUGUGCCUAGCUGCUUCAUGGGUGAUAUUGAAGGGAAAUUAUGCAAGGCUAAAACCUUGUUUUUUAUCUCUAAAGUGUUGUUUAAGAUCACAGUGAUACUGUCAGACCGGUGGUGUGUUGAUGUAGAUGUUUGUAGCUGAUGUGGUCGAUGCAAAGUGUUGGAUGUAUCAGAGGAGGCAUCACAUCACAGAUAGCUCUUGGCACACUUUCACCCAAAUAAAGCAGAGCUAUCAUAAUCAACAGGAAGCCAGCAGCAUGAGAACACACACACACACACACACACACACACACACACACACACACACACACAUACAAACACAUGCACACACACUCUUUCUGUGGAUCUUGUGAAUAACUUGACAUUGUCAUUCUCACUUCACUUAAAAAUACCGCUUUCAUACUGCUGGUUUAUAUUUAAGCGCAUGUUUUUGUGUUUACGUGUGUGCAGUGGGAGAUCGCGGGAGACGUUUUGAUUAAUCAGACCUUUUAUUGUUUGUGAUCUAAUUCAGUUUCAGCUGCGUAUGAAUGUCUGACAUUUGCAUACACUUUCCAGCUAUGGAGCAUGACACAUCACUUGUUCAUUGUUCAACACCCUGUGACACUUUGGGAACUCCCAAGUUUAUCUUUCAAUAGCAGUGAUUUAAGGCAUUUUUUAUUUACGUUUCUACACUGACUUCCAAAAAGCUCUUUGUAGUGUUCAACCACACUAUGUGACCAAUUUUAAAAAUACGCAUAGUAGGAGAUUUUGUCAGCUGCUUUUUAUUGUAGAGAUAGUUCAUGAACCACAUGGAGAGAAAUGAGAGAACCACACAGGUGAAGAUGAAUAAACGUGUCUUCUUCCUGCUGUUAGCACGUGGCGACUGCGGACGCUCAUGCUUGAGUCUUAAGAUUCAUUUCCAAGACUGAAUCUGACAGAAGGCCGUUAGAACAGUUGGUAGGAUGAAGAUUGUCACAUGGUUCAUUUCCUCCUUCUCUCUUUCUGCCACUGUAACAAGUUCAACCCUCGUUUCCUUAGCAGCCUUCCUUUAUCACAAUAUCUGUACCUCCAUCUGCAACUGACACUCACAUGCCUGCCAGCCUCUAGCCUCGUCUGCCUCUGUGUUCACAAAGGUGAUGAGAGGUCAUUCCCAUCCAAACAUGACAGGGAAUUCCAGCAGCGCCAAGCUAGACAACGCCACACUGGCCCUUUUUCAGGAUGUAAACACCAGCAUCGCCAUCUCUGUCAUCUACGUACUCGUCACUGCCAUUAACCUGGUCGGCAAUGGCCUGUCCAUGUGGCUGCUGCUCUUUCGGACCUCCCCCAAGAGUCCCUCCAUCAUCUUCAUGAUUAAUCUCACCGUCACUGACUUGGCUCUUGGCACUGCCCUGCCCUUUCAGAUCUCCUACCAGCUCCACGGAUAUAAUUGGAAUCUGGGGCCAAGCAUGUGCAGUUUCCUGACCAUGGUUUUCUACACCAACAUGUACUGUUCCAUCCUUACAAUGAUGGCCAUCGCUAUUGACCGCUACCUGGGCAUCGUCAGGCCGAUGCUGUUCAGAGAGACCAGAGAGAGAAAGUCCAUCGCCGUGGUCAGCUGCCUCCUGAUGUGGGGUUUGGUCCUGUGUGUUCUGUACCCCCUGAUGACCACAGACCUGACCUUUGAUGUGCCUGAACUCGAGAUAACCACGUGCUUCGACGUGCUGAAGAUCAACAUGCUCCCUUCCGUGUCGGCCUGGGCGGCCUUCCUCUUCAGCAUGGUGUUCAUCCUCUUCCUCUUCCCCUUCUGUGUCACAACAUUCUGCUACAUCAGAGUCAUUCGCAAGCUGGCCAGUGAUUCCAAGACAGUACAGAAAGAGAGAGCGAUACGUCUGGCCUUCAUUGUCCUCCUGGUCUUCACGGUCUGCUUUGCCCCCAAUAACAUCCUCCUGUUCGCUCAUGCUGUGCUCAGACUCUUCUAUGAAAAGUCUCUCUACAUGGCCUACAAACUGUCUCUCUGUUUCAGCUGCCUGAAUAGCUGUCUUGAUCCAUUCAUUUAUUACUUUGCUUCCAAGGAUUUCAGACAAAAGAUGAGACAGAUAUUGAAUCUGCAUAGCCUGAGUAGCGCAGACUCGAUGAAGCUGGAGCAUAAAGAGAGUUUGCACACUGAGUUCUCGAAGGUCAGGACAGAGAGCACAGCAACAUCUUUGAUUACAAAACGACCACAUGAAGAGAGUUAGGAAUUAGAAAAGACUUGAGAAAGGAAGUGUGUGGGAGAAAGUCUGUGUUGAGGGUUGACCAAAGUGUGUCAAUCUCUUGCAACACCAUUUAUUGUGCCAAAUUUCAACAUUCUUUCACACCGGUUUGUUUUGCAACUGUAUAUAGACAGCAGCUAAGUGUCUUAUUAUUGUGUGAUGUUGUUUUAAAGAAUGACAAAUACAUUUAGUGCCAGUAUAUUGUAAUAUCUUCAACAAAUUCCUCUUACAAAAUAUGUAGCAUUUACAAAUGUAUUGGAAAGGUCAACUAAAUGUGUGUUUUUGUGUACUUGUCUGCCAAAACAUAGAAGACCUGUUAACAUUUUCUUUGUGAUCUGUGUACACGUCUGUAAAUGUGUCUGUACUGUCAUUAUGAAUGUAUUUCUUUACUUUUUUAACUUGUUCUUAUUUUAAUCUUCAUAUUUUUUUGUAUUGCGAGAAUAAAUCCAUUAUUAUUGCAAUGAGUAGUCGCAGUUGUAUUAAGAAUAACAGUAGAAUAAAAUCAUAGCUUUGUA